UGCUGUCCUUGAUAGAUACUAUUUAACUAUGGCCCAAUUCUAAUCUCUUCUCUAUACACUCUUCAUUCCUUCCUUCGUUCUUCCUUGAAGUGAACAAGUCCCAUAAACCACUGAUAAAAUUCUCCCGACGCAAAAGAAUCAAGCCAUGGUCACCAAUAACAUAGUGGUUCUGGGAGCUGGUGUAUCUGGACUCACCACCGCAUAUCUCCUGUCCAAAGAUGCCUCCAAUUCCAUCACCGUGCUCGCCAAACAUAUGCCGGGCGACUACGACAUAGAAUAUGCUUCUCCUUGGGCAGGUGCCAACUAUCUCCCAGUAGGCAAAGCUGGUAGCUCCCAUGCAAGAUGGGAACGGAACACCUGGCCCACUCUCAAGGAGUUGACGGAAAAGUACCCGGAGGCUGGGAUUCAUUUCCAAGAUACGGUUGUCUAUAACCGUACGAAAGACCAAGGUUCAGCAACCGGGGAAUGGUUCUCGGAGUUGGUGCAGAAGGAGCCCUGGUACAAAGAGGUCGUACCUGACUUCCGCAACAUUCCCGACAAUGAGCUGGCCCCGGGUAUAGACAAUGCGUCGAAGUUUACUUCCGUCUGCAUCAACACCGCAAUCUACCUGCCCUGGCUAAUUGGCCAAUGCCGGAAGGCCGGCGUAGUCUUCAAGCGAGCCGUUUUCGAGCACGUGGCAGACGCCGCUAACGCUCACCACUCAUACAAGAAAGCCGACGUGGUAGUCAAUUGCACCGGUCUUUCAUCCAAGAAGCUAGGUGGCGUUUGUGACGACAAACUCCACCCUAUCCGUGGCCAGAUCGUAGUUGUCCGCAAUGACCCGGGCGCAAUGUUCUCCAUCUCCGGCACUGACGAUGCUGACGACGAGAUAACCUACAUGAUGACCCGGGCAGCAGGUGGCGGAACGGUAAUCGGGGGAUCCUACCAGAAGGACCAGUGGGAUCCGCUGCCUGACCCCAAUCUGGCCGUGCGCAUCAUGAAGCGGGCCGUUGCUCUCGUGCCCCAACUCGUUGGCAAGGGCCAGGGUAUAGAGGGAUUGGAUGUUAUCAGACAUGGCGUUGGGCUACGACCUUUCCGUGAAGGUGGGCCACGCAUUGAAACGGACAAGGUCAAUGGGGUCUCCGUCGUGCAUAACUACGGCCAUGGAGGAUUCGGAUACCAAGCGUCCUUCGGCUGUGCUACGGAAGCGGUCGAGCUGGUCAAUGGCAUCCUGAAACAGAAGGGUCAGGCUAAGCUGUAAUAUCAAUAGACGAUCCAAAUUUAUAUGCAGAUUAAUUACGUACAUACCAACGAAACGCAAC